CUCUGCAAGUGUGGGUGCGUCUUUUUUUCUGGUUUUCUCAUCUUCUCCUUCGUUUUGCCUCUUUCAUCGGUACUCUCUCUCUUUGUCUAAAAUCUCCGUUUCUUGUUUAUCUCCGCCUCUGGUUUAACAAUGGAGGCGUCAUUGUUGAGAUCGUGUCCCUCUUGUUCUUCCCCUUCGGCAAUUGGGUUUCUAGAGGAUCGCGAGUUCUCGAGACCCUUUUGUCCUGUCCUUCUCCGGACAUUGAAAGGUCGGAACUUUAAGUCCGCUGUGCGUUGUUCUCUCCCGCGUAAGGCGCGUGGUGGUUUCCGGUCUGCUCACGCCGCCAUGACCCUCGCUGGAUCAUUGGCAGGAAAGAGUCGUGUGGAUGAGAGUGAGAGCUUUACCCUCGAGGGCAUCCGUAACUCUUUGAUACGGCAAGAGGACAGCAUUAUAUUCAGCCUCUUGGAGAGAGCUAAGUACUGUUACAAUGCCGAUACUUACGACCCUAAUGCUUUUGACAUGGACGGUUUCCACGGCUCUCUGGUUGAAUACAUGGUGAAAGGAACCGAAAUGCUUCACGCUAAGGUUGGGAGGUACAAGAGCCCUGAUGAGCAUCCCUUCUUCCCUGAUGAACUGCCAGAGCCUAUAUUGCCACCUCUGCAGUACCCAAAGGUGUUGCACUCUGCCUCUGAUCCGAUCAACUUAAACAAGAAGGUGUGGAAUAUGUACUUCCGAGACCUCGUCCCACGGCUAGUGAAGAAAGGGGAUGACGGGAAUUACGGAUCAACAGCUGUUUGUGACACGAUAUGUGUUCAGGUUCUCUCAAAGAGGAUCCAUUACGGGAAAUUCGUGGCAGAGGCCAAAUUUCGUGCCUCGCCAGAAGCUUACGAGUUCGCCAUAAAAGCACAAGACAGGGAUAGACUGAUGGAAAUGCUCACUUUCCCGACAGUGGAGGAGGCGAUCAAGAUGAGAGUAGCCAUGAAAGCUCGGACAUACGGGCAAGAAGUGAAGCUGGAAGCCAUGGAGGAAGAGGAAGAGAGAGAAUCUCAGGUUUACAAAAUCAGCCCCAGCUUGGUCGCCGACUUGUACGGAGACUGGAUCAUGCCCCUGACAAAGGAGGUUCAAGUAGAGUACUUGCUCAGAAGACUCGACUGAACUGAAGUACGGAUUCAGAGUGUCUCCGGUAAUAAAAUAUUGAAGCUUUGAAUGCAAAAAUCUCGUCGUUUUAUGCACAUUGUUUUGAAUUGUAAUCCGGUUUGAUCAUCCCGGGCUAAACCGGUUACAUGUGGUUUACUUUACCCUUAUAUAUAGGAGAUUUGAGUAAAAAAACAGAACUCAUAACUUUGUAUAUACGUUUUUUAUAGCAAUUAUAUAUGGAUUAUUAAUUCUUA